AUGACGGAUCGAAUAAUGAAUCCAACAGCAACUUUUCACCCCCGUCACACAAAUGAACCUCCUAUUCAAAUCAAAGCUCGUAAAACUCGACAGGAGUAUACGCGACGUGGGUUACUUGGUGAGGGUGGAUUUGCCAAGUGUUACGCGGUAGUUGAUCUAAAGGGGAAUUUAUGUGCUGCAAAAGUUGUUUCGAAAGAGUCACUUUCAAAGAGUCCAAAGAAUAAACCAAAGCUUCUAUCCGAAAUCAAAAUCCACAAAUUAAUGGAGCAUCCAAAUAUUGUGCGAUUCCAUGAAGCAUUCGAAGAUGACGCUUUUGUAUAUCUAAUACUAGAAUAUUGUCCCAAUAAAACUCUCUUAGAAAUGAACAAAUUUCGAAAACGCCUAACAGAACCCGAAGUCCGAUACUUUCUUUGUCAGAUACUAGACGCCUGCAGGUAUAUGCACCGUACAUGUGUCAUACAUCGAGAUCUGAAACUAGCAAAUCUCUUGCUGUCAGAAGACAUGAAGGUCAAGAUUGGUGAUUUUGGAUUGGCGACACAGCUUCAGGACGCGUCUGAGCGGAAAAAAACGAUUUGUGGUACCCCAAAUUAUAUAGCGCCUGAGGUGUUAUUCGAUAAGACUGGGCAUAGCUAUGAGGUGGAUAUAUGGUCUGUUGGGGUGAUAGUGUACACUCUACUUUUCGGUAAACCUCCAUUUCAAACAAAAGGAAGCGUAGAGGACAUAUACCGAAAAAUUAAGGAGCACAAAUACGACUUUCCAUCAAACAUUAAUGUAUCGUCCGAGGCUAAAGACUUGAUAAACUAUAUGCUGACACAACAGCCAGAGGACCGGCCCACAAUAGACCAAGUGUUAAACCAUCCCUUCUUCAAAGGCUUCACACCAACACAACUACCAACAUCCGCGCUACGAAUAAAACCGGAUUUCGAACCGCUGCUGCCGUCACUUAAGUUGGAUGGUUUAAAUAACCCUAAUCCGCCAUUUAGUAUUAAUAAUCCCAAAUUUGGGAUGUUGGAAAAUCGUCGCCCACUGGUUGUGCUACAAGAAAAUCGAAACAAGCAAAUCCCGAAGAUAUCAAGUACAACCGGGGGAGGCGAAAAUCGUCGCCCACUUACUGUAUUACAAGAUAAUCGAAAUAAACAAAUGACGGCGUCAUCAAAUACAAUUGGACCAAAAGAUUCACUGCAGCCCUUAAAAUUUACUUCAACAGUUAAUCUUCCUAUAAAGCCAUCCAUUACAAAUGCGCGAGCCAUCAAUGUUACGUCCACAAAAACUACAGCAACUACCACAAACCUCACUUCCUAUAAUAAAAAUCAUAUAAUUGAACCAAAAGACAUUUUCCCUCCCGUUAAUAAAACCACUCAUACGAACCGUCAGUCUUCAACAAAUGAAUCACAUGAUAAUAAAAUUACGAAACAAGUUUCCACUACAGAUCCAAUAAAACCGACAGUCCGAUUUAAUCUUCCUCCCAGUUCUUCCUCUUCAUCUUCAAAGACUAAGACUACUACUAGCGGUAACGAGUCUCCUUCCAAAGCUCAUCAAUAUUCGGCCAUUGGUGCGACAUACGAUACAUUAGAGAAGGUCUUUGCCGAAAGUAAAUUGGAUAAACCUCAAGUUUCCACAAAAUCAUCGCCGUCAGAAGCACCGGUACCACCCACCGUAUUCAUAACAAAAUGGAUGGACUAUUCUACAAAAUUUGGCAUUGGAUACGAACUCACAGACGGUACGGUUGGCAUGCAUCUAAAUGACAAAUCAACGCUUGUGCUCUCGCCUGAUGAAUUACACUUUGAAUUCAUCUCCUCACGACUCAAACGUUCUUUAUACACAUUGGAAGACUAUCCAGAUGCAUUAGCAAAAAAGGUGGGUUUACUGAAAAACUUCAAAUCAGCGCUGGCGAAACCAAUGUUCAAGACGUACCCGUACUCUUAUGUCGAUAAAAAUCGUACAGAAGGUAUGAUUUUCUUGACAAAAUACACUAAGACGGCGCAUGGAAUAUUGUUUCGACUGAGUAAUCGGGUGGUUCAGGUCAAUUUCUACGAUCACCAUAAAUUCCUAUUAUCAGACGAAGGACGAGUAGUCACGUGGAUAAACAGUGAUCAAGAAAUGAAAACUCUACACGUCAACUAUGAAAUAUUUGGCGAUCAGUAUCCGGUGAUUGCAAGUCGGCUUAAAUAUAUUCGGGAGAUUCUGAAAAGGAUGCUAAUAGAAGGUGAAAUUGCGAGAACUCCAUUUAUAAUUCAAUUUAAAGAUUAUAAAAAUACAAUUUAUCUACAAGACUCCGUGAUUUAG